AUGGCUGAGUUCCCCUGUCCCCUCGAGCGCACAGUUGCUUCCGCUCUGCUCCUCCUCUCAGCUAUACCUCCUUCUCCCUCCAUCGUCUCUCCCCCACAGAUCGGUUCCGAGGACCAGUGGCUAAAAGAUGGAAGGAAAACAAAGAGUUACAGGGAGAGCUUGCUGCUAAGCGAUUCAACUGCCGUGUCGCUCAAGAACGAGUCACGCACUGUUUCUAUGUCCUGCACUUCCUCUCUCACCAGCGAGGGAUCUUCGGAGGAUAUUAUAGCGUGUAGGAUGAGGAUGAUCGCCGUAAUGGCUCGCCGCCAUGAAAUGAAGCUCAAGGUUGAUCUCGCUUCUGCCUUUGCCAUCGUACGGAAGAGCCGCUCGAAAACUCAGUAUAGCUCAUGUGACCAGGAAAUCAGCUCAGCCGAGAUGGUGAAGAUGUCCUCGGCGUCCGUUUCCACGGAUGCGUCGUACUUAUCAAGCAGCUCGAGCCCGCUAUCAAGCGGGCGAAGCCAUAGAAGCGGCUACGUUACCAGAGGUGAGAAAACUCAGAAAAGGCUUGCGACUACUACACGCGAGGAGAUCAGGAGGAAGCACGUCGGCUCGGUUCACAUGCGCCGCAGAUCCGAAGACAUUUUAAAGUUGCUCUCCGGCGGUUGUUCCUCUGAACUGAAGAUACGUCAACUUCUCGGCGAUAGCCCCGAUACAAGCAAGGCCCUCAGAAUGUUGUUAAAGCUCGAAGAGGUGAAGAGGUCAGGUACAGGAGGGCGUCGAGACCCCUAUAUUUACAAGGUGUUUGCUCGUGCUCCUCAAUGUUCCAGCACCAUCUAA